UUUCAAUCGUUUGUCAGUUGUUUGUUUGUUUAUUAAUUCGAAAUGUAUGUUGUUAUGGCUUACUAAUACAAAACCCCGAUUAUGGCAUUUAUAAAAAGUAACAUUAUGGUUACCCGUAAGCGAGGUAUUUGAACAAUAGCUAAUAAGUAAAUAUGAUUCUCGUAUUUCUACUAAAUAUGACUGGCUGCUGGAAAUGCCACCACCAAUCAUUUACACUACUGUCCCCAAUCUACCGCUGUUUUUAAAUGAUACAAGCUCGUAUGUUGUGGAAAUCUUUAAGACGAAACUGAACCUGGACGAGUAUUCCUCGAUGCCACAAUCACUGGCAGAGGACGAGGUUCCUAAACAAAGCAAACGAAAGACAAAGAGAAGAUGCAGCUCUGCAAACCAGACACAUGAAGAUAGGAGAAAUUCCAGUAGAGAAGAUAGCCCAGUUCGUGAUGUGUCUCCGGGGUGCAACCGGCACCGACAUCAGAAGCAGAAGCUGCAUAGAGUCAUGGUUCACGCAACUGCUGAAGGACCAUUAUCUCCCACAGCUGGAUCAAAGCGCACUCAUGCAGAUGAAAAGCAAUAUGAAGCACUGGUCAAAGAGGUCCAAAGGCUCACAACUGAGAAUCAACAACUGGCACAGAAGGCAGCUGCUACUGAUUCUGGACAUCAGCUAUAUGAAGAAGCCUUUCGCAGGAAGAAUGAGCAAAUAGCAUCUUUACAGGCACGCCUCAGUCGGUAUGAGAAACACAAGCAAGAUUUGGAACGACAGCGAGACUCACUGCGAGAGCAGCUGGAGGAUACUCGCCAAAAAAUGGAGCAGUCAGUUUUUGAAUCUACACAGGCAAAAGAGUCAGAGGACAUUUCCAUGCUGCAGGAGCUGGUGGUCAGACUCAAUGCAGAGCUUGAACGUUACCAGCAGAAAUUCCACAAGCUUGGUGUGGAAAUACCAUCACAGCGACAAGACACACCACAUCCUCCAAGGGAUGUAUCCCCUGAGACCUGGGCUAAGGUUAGCCAUGGUCUGCUGGGGCCUUUGCUGAAAGCAUACUCAGAAACUAUCCAAGAGAAGGAUGAUCUUGCACGCAGUUAUGAAAAAGACUUGGCACAACUUAAUGCUCAUUGCAGAGACCUUGUUUCAGAAAAUGAGCAGCUGUAUGCUGAACUUGAUGAAACUACUAGAAAGAUGAAUACUGCUGCAGCAGAGGCAAAAAUCCUCCAGCAAGAUACUGCUCUUGUACAAGAGCAGAAUGAGUUGCUGACAGGACAGCUUGAUGUACUUAAACAGAAGCUACAAGAGAUCCAUACUACAUAUCAACAGAAAGUUGCAUCAUUGACACAUGACCUGGAGGAAGUCUGUCAGAAAUACCACAGUUGCAGAGGAGAUUUAUUGACAUUACGUGGACAGCACUCUGUGCUGCGAGAGGAAUAUGAUCGCUUGAAAUCUGACCUGGAUGGGAGAGUACCAUUCUCUGUGCACUCUGCAUCUGUGUCCGAGUGUCGUAGGUUGUUUGAAGACCUACGUGCGAGGUAUGAGACUGACCGCCAGCUUCUUAAUUCAAGAGUUCGUGAAUUACAGCAGCAGAUAGGGCAUAUGGAAGGACAAAUCACUCAAGGCCAAGCAGAGAAGGCACGAUUGCAGACUCAGGUUACAACAGCAGAGGCCUCCAUCAGGGAAAUAGAAACCCAGCUAGCAGAAGCACAAGCUGAGUUGGUCACUACCCAGGCAGCACGGGAUGCAGCCAGGCGGCAGCUUAAUAAAGCCAUGAAGUUUGCUGAGGAAUUGGUUGCAGAGCAAGAGUCACUGAUGCGGCAGCUGCAGCGCAAGCAACAGGAGACUCGCUCAAUGGCUGAAAUUGGUUCCACCAUUGUCAGCCGUAUGGGGUCACUUAAAGAUAAGCUUGAGUCAGUCCAAAAAGGAGCAUGGCAGGAACUUGACCACGUUGAACAACGUAUAAGGCAGCAGCAAGAAGGAGUUACACAAAUGAAGCAAGAUUAUCAACGUGAGUUAAUGAGAUUACGUACAUUGCUGCAACAAAAGGAAACUAUCAUCAGCCAGCUGCAGUUUGAAAAAAGGGUUGACGCUUACUAAUAUUGGUUGUUAUACUAAUUGCUCAAAGGAUCAAGAGGAGGAGACUGAUGUGGGCUGGACAUCUAAUUAGUAAAGGAGAAUGGAAUACAAAAGCCAGGAACAGAGGGCACUGGAAGAGGAAUGUAGAGAAUGCAUAUGGUCUCCAAGGCCCAAGUGACAGAUGACGACGAUGAUGUGUCACCGAAAAAUAUAUAUCAUACAAUAACAGGGAACGACAGAUGCAAAAAGUGUAAGGAGUUUUCACAACAGACUUAAGACUAUAUGGAAUGUAGUGAAAAGAGAGACAAGAUGGCCUACCACACAACAGGAUGACAUCACCACUGAAUUGAAUGGAAGGGCUAUAAAGGAUGAUUCACAGAUAGCAAAAAUAUCUAAUAAUCAUUUCUUAAUUAGUGUAGAAAACAUAGGGACAAACAGUACAAGAGGAACUUCACAGCAGUAUGGUGAAAAAGCAACUCAUAAAAUUCAAUCGUACAGAUAUAUCAGCAAUUUCUCUAGCUGAAAUUAAGAAAAUUAUAUAUUCUCUCAAAAAUGAAAUCUCAUCUUAACUUGAUGGUGUUUUCAAUGGAGUACUAAAGAUUUUAUAAUAAGCCCCGUCUUAGCUGAGAUAGGUAAUGCAAUAAUAACUCAACGUAUUUUUCAAAGAAACUGAAAUAUGCCAUUCUUAAACCCCUCCACAAGAAAAGUACAGAGAUGUUAACAAUUACCAGCCUGCUUCAUCAUUUUCCAAAAUUUUUGAGAAGGUGGUGUAUCCUUGAAUGGUGUCUUACCUGAGCAACAGUAAUAGCCUUCGUAAAUCAGUUUGGAUUUCAGGAGAGUUGUCCUAAUGAGAAUGCAAUUUACAUGUUCACUCCCCAAAUUUUACAAGCAUUAAAUAACAAAAUAGCAAUGGGUGGUAUUUUCUGCGACCUAUCUAAGGCAUUCAACUGUGUUAGUCACAAUAUUCUCCUAGGUAAACUGAGGUUUUAUGGGAUUGGUGGUACAGCCAGCCAAUGGAUAAAGGCUUAUCUAACCCAGAGAACACAGAUAGUUGUAGUUAGUAAUUCAACCAAUGUAAUCCAGGGACAUUAUUCUGACUGAGGAGAAAUCAUGUAUUGGGUUCCCCAACACUCAAUCAUAGGUCCACUAUCAUUCCUCAUAUGUGUAAAUGAUCUUCCAUCUAAUAUACAAGAAGAAGAAUUAGUUCUGUUUGCGAUGACACUAGUAUUGUAAUAAUUCCAAGCAUACAUACAGAAACAAAAUAAACGAUGAACAAAGUUCUCAGAUGUGUCGUUCAGUGGUUUUCUGUGAAUAGUCUCGCCCUCAAUUUUAAAAAGUCACAACAUACUCAGUUCUGUACAUCUAGAGGUGCUACAUCAGUGAUAAAUAUAAUAAAUACGUUGGAAACUUCGAAAUCCUUUGGUGUCUAUAACUAUUGGGCAAAAAUUUGCUGUAAG